GCUUUGGCUACACACCUUGGUCCAGCCACCUGGCCUGACUGUAACAGGUAUCAGGAAGCCUUGCUGGUCAAGUUGUGCGCAGCCUUUCCGGGUUCCACCACCAAAGAUGGCGUUCAACAGGUGCGGUGGCGGACAGUACUGGAGAAGUACAACCUAAUAAGAGAGAUGGUAUUCAACAGUCAGCGCGUGAUACAGAAUACACGCAUUCAGCUAUCUGAUAUAAACCAGCGCACCUUGACUGCUUGGUUCAGUGCUCGUGGAAAGCGCAGAGAAAGAACCUUGCUGGAACAGGGACUUGCCCUUCAGUAAGUUCCACUGGUAGCGCCUGAAUCACUGCCAGCGCCCCUUAAAAGGCCAGUUUCCUUGGAAAUGGGAACCACUGAACCACACAAGUUCCCCAUCCAGAUCAGCACGAAAGGCUCUCUAAUUCAUCAAGUGCGCAGAAGAAUCCUGCCACCAGAUGAGGUAAAGCAUGAAGUGCCGGUGCCCAUAGCACCAGCACCAUUGGUGCGUUUUGUGACUGCUCCCGCUCCUGACCUGGCACUGACUUCGUCGAUUUCAGCCCCAGCCGAAUCUUACCUGCCAUACUCUACAAAGCAUUACAGGAAGAGGAAGCUGGAGGCUGAGCAGGCAGGGGAGUUCCGGAGACAGUACAACAAGAAACUGCCCUACCGCAGCUGCAACAAAUGUUUUGAGGACAGGAAUACGGGUGGGCACAAACAGUACUAUGGAAAUUGGUGGUGCCCCUUCAAGUCAUCAGAGUCUUAUGAAGAGUGGAUAGAUGCUCUUAAGUUGAAGGGCUAUGGAAAGAAGAAACCAAAUGAAAAAAGUUAAACAUUAAUAGCUGGACAUUCAUCAUUCACACUUAAACAAUAUCUGGAUAUAAUAGCAUUUUUUGGCACUGUGCUUUUGGACUUA